GCUCUUGAACCUCUCCAAAUUGCUGACUUGCCCAGUGUCUGAAGGGGUAAGGUAGGGACAGAGCGACCACGACUUCAACUUCCGUCAAUUCAAUCCCACGGCUGACAGCUCAAUCGCCUCAACAGCUGUCCAGGAAGCUGUCGCAACCUCCUAAUACCCUGAUUUCAGCCAGUCCUCAGUUGAUUAGGAGUCGCGACCGCCCUGAGCGACGAUAUCUUCAAAAUGCCUUCAGGAUACUCCUCCCGCGAAGACCCCGGCCAGAUUAAAAAGAACAAGCAAUCGAUGGCGGAUCUUAAGCUACGACGUCUCACAGAAUUGAACACACGUUUGAGGGAGGACUUGGAAAGGGAGCGUAUUCCAGUUUCGCAAGCAUCGAAAAGCAUCAUCUCGUAUACGAACAGCACAAAAGACUUCAUGGUACCAUCUGUCUGGGGCACUGUCGACAAGAAGGACGACCCAUACGCUCCACAACAAUCCGGAGGCUGCUGCGCUGUCAUGUAGUCUAAUGCGACGGACGAGUUCGAGAUCAACAGGCGUUCACAGGCGUAAUGGAUGAGUCUGCAGUAAUACUUCGAUCCGCAUCAGUAGCGUUGGCGGAUGGUUUUCACGACGAGGCUCCCAACAACCGAUGGAUGAAUGGAUGAGGAGCAUGUAAUAUUUCAGUCAGUGGUGUUUUGCAGUAGGGCUGCUACUUCUUGUGUAUAAGUUACAGAAUGAUUCACGAGCGCGUGUCGUCAUGCCAUAAUCGAUGGCCCAUUUUCCUUUCCAAUCUGGACGUUCUAAUCACUCGCCCUGAAUGCAUUGUGAGCCCCAUUUUUUGUGCCCAAUCCGGUCAGUCGUGGGUGUCCACAAGCGAGCUAGAAUGCCCAGCGGCGAAGUUUACAAC